UCCGUAUCCAAUCAAUUCCUUUGAUUCUUUCCCCCAAAUUUCUUCCAUCUCAAUUCUCUCUCCCAUCCAUGGCGACCACCACCGCCUCCGCCCUCCUCCUCUUCUCCAUCCUCAUCGCUGUCUGCGCAAUCUCCGCCACCGCAAGACCUUGCAAAACCAUCUUCUUCAUCACUUCAUCCUCCUCCUCUCACUACCCCACCGAUGAUCAACUUCUCCCAAAACCUAAUUUCCAUCUUCUUCGGAACCCCAACAAUUCCCCACGUCUUACCUUCUUCGUAACCGAAAUUCGUCAAUUCCAUCGUACCAGAUCCCUCCCCCGCCCUAUCUUCUUUGAUCGCACCAUCGAAUCAUCAUCAUCUAAUGAUGUCGUCUCGUCAGAACCCUAUUAUUCCGCUGCUUCCUCUGUUAAGACAUCGAUUCGUGAACGUACCAUGGAUAUCAUGAGUAUUGUUGGCGCCUUACUCUUUGGCGUUGGAUGUGGGGCACUCACCGCCGCUACCAUGUACUUAAUCUGGUCCCUGUUCGCUCCUAGGCGCUUCGAUUUUGGCGCGGAUUCCGAUGAGGAGAGCGAUGACGAAGAGAAUGACGUUAGAUCCAUCAACAAGGGUUACGUCGCUGUCCCUGCCGCUGCUAAACCUGUGCCUCCUACUGCCGAUGAAGUUGCUGCAAUGAAAUGAAUGAAGCAAAAAUUUGGGGGUGUCUGCUUUUAGUAAGUCUUUUUCGAUUUUCAAACAUGGUGUUUUUCUUGUCUAUUCUCCCUGCUGUUUACUACUUACUAAUAUCGUAAUGUUGAAUUUCUGGUGUUAUGAUAAUUCUGGAAUUCCAUAGUUCUUUUGUAUUGCGUGUGAAUUUGGGAUUGCUGUGUUCUGUAAACGUUUUAUGGGUAUUGGCUUACGUUUCCUCCUUCUGUUACAUGUUAUGAUGGUACCAGCAAAGAAUUUGAUGUUUCU